AAGGUUCAACGGCAGCGGCUUGCUCCGGCACUGGGUUGUCGUCGUGUCCCUGGAUCCUGGGGAUGUCUUCCUCCGAUUCAUCCGCUGGCCAUAUCUUAUCCCAGAAAAAGGACAAGAAAGUGAGCCGCUUCCUGAGGAAGGGCUCCAUGCCUAGGGGGCCUGGUUGCGGACGAAAGCGCAUGGAGCCGACCUCGGGUCAGUACUCUGGGACCUCCGUGCUGCCGCUGAAGAAGCUGAGCACUACAACCAUGCACCAGGAUCCCAGGGUGCAAGAGAGAAACCGGAAAGGCUGGUGGGACAGCCAGGCUUACCCCGGGCUUUCUGCCCACGUCCCUAUUUGGUACAGAAUGGGAAGCGACAGGUGACACGGACCCUAACCCUAACCCCGGAGGUCACUACAGAGUGCUCCUUAAUCAGGCAUACAACAGUCAGUUUCCCGGAUGGUGUAUCAAUGCGUGGGGCGGACGGUGACCUCCGUCCCAGGACCACACGGGCUGCUCCUCCUAGUCUACAUACUCUUCUACAGCUGUGCGGUCUGGGCCAGAUGCAAGUAGCUAUGUGCAGCCUGUCCAACUCAGCGGAGGCCUCUGGAGCAAACGCUCAGCGCCCAGUAAACUCUUGCUAUCCUGAUUCCUGUGUUGUAAAAUGAGAUGCUGGUAGUAAUCUCUAGGGGAAUCACUGAAGGUCCAGGUACAUAGGUAAUCAUGGGGUACGAUUUCUGAACCAGGAGAUGCUUAAUACCACUGCAGGGAAACUGAGACAUCUAAGACCUCAGCGUGGGUAUAUGACUGGGGAUCAGCAUGCAAAGGAAGGGCAGUGGGCGAGCCUCAGAUAGCCUCUUACCCAGUCCAGGAUUCUUAUUCUGUGCAAUGAAGCAAGCUGCCUGCCACCCAAUUUUUCACUGUCAGGUAAGGGAGACCAGGUUCAAGCCAGCUCAGUUCUUGGGAAUGUUUGAAUCUGAGGUGGGACCUCACUUGCAGGCUUUCUGCCCAUUUGCUGUCUUUCCUUUCCCAAGCACAGCACCUUAAGCACCUGAGUGGAUACUACUAAGCUUCCAUAUGUAUUUGCUACAGACCCUUCAUGUACUGUUUAUACUUCAAACAUAUCAAACAGAUAAAAGUAUAAGCUCUCAGCUACUGCUCCAGCGCCAGGCCUGCUGCCGUACUCCCCACUGUAAUGACCAUGGACUCAUCCUCUGAAACUCUCCCAGACAAUGAACUUCCAGGUGACAGGCCUGGCCCUGGACAAAAUGAAGCUGGACAGUCCACAUUCCUUCCUGGACGCAGAGGAGGUGGAGGAGGCAGAGGACCAGCAGCUGCUGGAGCCAGAGGCUUGGAGGACAUACAUGGAGCGCCGCAACGUGCUGCGUGAGUUCCUGACCACAGACCUGAGCCCCCAGUUGCUCAAGCGCCACCAUGCCCGCAUGCAGCUGCUCAAGAAGUGCUCCUACUACAUUGAGAUUCUCCCUAAGCACCUGGCCCUGGGUGACCAGAACCCGCUGGUGCUACCUAACACCAUGUUCCAGCUCAUUGAUCCCUGGAAGUUCCAGCGCAUGAAGAAGGUGGGCACAGCACAGACCAAGAUCCAGCUCCUCCUGCUUGGGGACCUGCUGGAGCAGCUGGACCAUGGCCGGGCAGCACUGGAUGCCCUACUUGAGGCCCCUGACCCACGGCCCUUCCUGGCAGGCUGGGGGCUUGUGGAACAGCAGUUGGCAGACCUAUCAGUUGUCAUGGACAACUUCCUGGCCAUGAUGGUACCAGGACACCUGCAUGUCAAGCACCGCCUGGUAUCUGACAUUGGAGCCACCAAAAUCCCACACAUCCGGCUUAUGCUGAGCACGAAGAUGCCAGUUAUGUUCGACCGGAAGGAGUCAGUGGCGCAUCAGGACUGGGUCAGCCUGCGCUGGUUUGUAACCAUCCAGCCGGCAGCACCAGAGCAGUAUGAACUGCGCUUCAAGCUGUUGGAGCCCAGGACACAACAGGAGUGUACACAGUGUGGCAUAGUCCCUGUGGCUGCCUGCACCUUUGAUGUCCACAACCUGUUGCCCAACCGUACCUACAAGUUCACUAUCAAGAGGGCAGAAAGCUACACCCUGGUCUAUGAGCCCUGGCGGGACAGCCUCACCUUGCAGACCACGCCAGGACCCCCUGAGGGGCCUGCCCCCAGGCUGGGUAAGCCCAGCCUGCCCCUGACCACACCUUCUGAGAGAUGAUUUUCUAAUAUUUAUCCACUAAUAAAGAGGAGUAUACACACACCAAA